CCCUUCCCGAUUCCUCUCUCUCUGUCUCUGUUCCCUCUUCCUAUAUAUCUCCCGAUCUGCUCCUCUUCGUAUAAAAGUCGAUCUUGUUUGGAUUUUCGCAUAUAUAUUGCGUUCCCGCUUGAAUCCAUCCGUCUUCGACCGCGCCUCGCCGGAUUCACCUGGAAUCUGCGGCAGCUCCUAUAUCUUCGUUGUCAGAUCGGGUUCGCAGCGAUUCGGCCUGUGACGAAGUCGGUGCGGAGAUUAAUUGAUAGUCAGUUCUGUGUUUCAGUAGAAAAAUUCGUCGAGAAAGAAAGUGAAAAAAAAUCAUGUCUAUGGAGCAAAUCAUGUCAUUUUGUCCGGUUUGUAUAUAAAAAAGAAGCACUUGGAGAGUUGUUGGAUCAGGUUAAGGAGAAGGGGUAAUAUAUAUAGAUAUAGAUAUACUCGGAAGGAAAUAUCUUGAUUGUUUCUGUAUAAGUGGCACAUGGCCGAACAGGGCCUAGAGGGGAGCCAACCUGUUGACCUCUCCAAACACCCUUCUGGCAUCGUUCCGACACUUCAGAACAUUGUUUCAACUGUUAAUCUGGACUGCAAGUUGGAUCUUAAAGCAAUAGCUCUACAAGCUCGUAAUGCAGAGUACAAUCCAAAGCGUUUUGCUGCUGUUAUUAUGCGAAUAAGAGAGCCAAAAACUACUGCAUUGAUAUUUGCAUCUGGAAAGAUGGUAUGUACUGGAGCAAAAAGCGAACAGCAAUCAAAACUCGCGGCAAGAAAGUAUGCUAGAAUAAUUCAGAAGCUUGGUUUUCCUGCCAAGUUUAAGGAUUUCAAGAUUCAGAAUAUUGUGGGUUCAUGUGAUGUCAAAUUCCCAAUCAGGCUAGAAGGCCUAGCAUAUUCUCAUGGUGCCUUUUGCAGUUAUGAACCAGAGCUCUUCCCUGGUCUGAUCUACCGAAUGAGGCAACCAAAGAUUGUGCUACUGAUUUUCGUAUCUGGAAAAAUUGUUAUUACUGGAGCUAAGGUGAGAGAAGAGACUUACACAGCAUUCGAAAACAUAUAUCCAGUUCUAACAGAGUUCAGGAAAAAUCAACAAUGAGGUAGAUGCCCUCGGAUCGGUGCUAAUGCUAUGACAUGAAGAAAGACUUCAGGGCUCGCUGUUUACAUGUACUUAAUAGUAUUCAAGAUUUGUCUGGCAUGAUGUAAACUUAACGUUCUAUGAGUAAGCAGCUUGUUCCAACUAUGAUAUAAGAAGAUUUUGCCUCGUA